CCAACGGUCGGCUGCCCGAAUUCAAAAUCCGAACUUUUCCCCUUUAAAUCCGGCCCCGACGCUCCAUUCCUCCGGUUUCCCAAUCGCACCUCCGCGCAGUCGCUCCAGCAAAGAUUUCAGAGACCGAGGCGGACGAGGAGAGGUAGGUAGGUAAAGGUAGGAGACGGACCCGACCCGGCCGCCGGCGAGCAUGGACUUCCUCGCGCUCCCCCGCCGCGACCUCCAGGCGCUGGCCAAGCGCAACGGCGUCCGCGCCAACCUGAGCAACGCCGCCAUCGCCGACGCCCUCGCCGCGCUCCCCGCGGUCGACGGGAUCGAGGAGUACGUCGAGCAGCCGGUCGUUGUCGAAGUGGCCAAGCCGGCGGUUCAGGCGGUCGUGGAGGAGGUGAAGAAGAAGAAGACGAAGAAGCAGGAGGCGGAGGAGAAGAAGAAACAGGAAGCGGAGGAGAAGAAGAGGAAGCAGGAGGAGGAAGAGGAGAAAAGGAGGCAGGAGGAGGAAGAGGAGAAAAGGAGGCAGGAGGAGGAAGAAGAGAAAAGGAAGCAGGAGGAGGAGGAAAAGGAGAGGAAGAGGAAGAAGCAAGAGGAGAUCUCGCUGGAGGUCAUCUUACUGGUGGACAGCGAGGAAGAGGAGGAAGAGAAAGCCCCAGCCGCCGGGCGCGGUCGCGGUCGCGGAAGAGGACGCGGACGCGGACGCGCUGCCGGCGGGCGCGCACGGAUCGAGCCUGUGGCUGCUCCGGCCACGAGGAGAAGGGCUGCGGCGAGCAAUACCGCGACGGAGGAUGCACCUGCGGAGCCUGUGGCGGCACCAGCUACGAGGAAAAGGGCUGCGGCAAGCAAGGCCGAGACGGAGGAUAUCGCUGCGGAGGCCGUGACGGCCCGUGCCACUCGUGCUCGGAGCCAGACGACGGCGGCGCCGGUCGCCGAGGAAGAGGCACCCAAGACAAGACGGGCGUCGAGGCGGGCCGCGGCGACGAAGACUGGUGCGGACCAGGAAGAAGAAGGAAAGGGGACACAAGCUGUCGCCUCUGAUAUGGAAACUGCGGAAAUGGAAGAAGAUGCCACGAAUACUCAGAACGAGGAGCACAACGAGGUUGAGGAACAGAGCCAUGACGGCCAAGGGGUAGUGGUCGCGGAUACACCAGCACAGGUGCAAGAAGAGCCACCACUGGAGGAGGAGGAGGACGGUAGGCAAGAAUCGCCUGCCGUUGGCGUGGGGCGGCGAGGUGCCAGACGACGCGCACGGCCCGAGCCUGUGGCGUCUCCGGCUACGAGGAAAAAGGCUGCAACAAGGAAGACCGUGACAUGGGUUGACGCUCCGGCUGCAGAGGCCGUGCCGGCUCGGGCCACUCGCGCUCGGAGCCAGAGCACGGUGGCUGAGGAGGCACCCAAGGGAAGACGGACGUCGAGGAAGACUGCUGCGCAGCAGGAAGAGGAAGGAGAAGGCCAGCAAGCCGUUGUCUCUGAUGCGGAAGCUGCUGCGCCUGCGCCUGUUUCCUCGGACGAAGCAGCUGGUGAUGCUGCAGAGAUGGAGGAAGAAGCCACGAAUCCGCAGAACCAGGUUGAGGAAGAAGAACCACCGGUGGAGGAGGAGAAAUCGCCUGCCGUUCGCGUGGGACGGCGCGGUGCCCGCGGGCGCGCACGGGUUGAGCCUGUGGCGGCUCCGGCUACGAGGAAAAGGGCCGGAACAAGCAAGACCGAGACAGAGGAGGCGCCCGUGGAGGCCGCGCCGGCUCGGACCACUCGUCGCGCUCGCAGCCAGACCACAGUCGUUCCGGUGGCCGAGGAAGCGGUGCCCAAGACAAGACGGGCGUCGAGGAGGGCUCCGGCGAGGAGGACUGGUGGGCAGCAAGAUGAGGAAGAAGAGCAAUGCCAGCAAGCAGCUGUUGUCGAAACUGUUGCGCCUGCGCCGGUUUCCUCUGACGAGGGAGCUGAUGGCGCUGCAGCAAUGGAAGCAGCCAUGGAUCCUCAGACUGAGGAGCAAAAGGACCUAGUUGAGGAGCAGAACAAGGAAGAGGACCGUGAGACAGGUGAAAUAGCUGCACCUACUGAAGAAAUGGAAAAGGAGGCCAUGGAUAUUCAGAACGAAGUGCAAAACAAGCUGGUUGAGGACCAGUGUCAGGAAGAUGCAGCAGGUGGUGUGCCUGAUAUGGAAACUGCACCGGCUUCCUCUGACGACGAAGAUGAUGAUACUGAAGAAAUAGAAGAGGCACGUGAGACAGGUGAUGUUUCUGAUAUGGAAACUGCUGCACCUGCACCGGUUUCUUCAGAUGAGGGACGUGACGCUACUGCAGUAAUGGAAGAAGAGGCCGUGCAUCUUCAGAACGGUGAGCAAACGGAGCUGCUGGUUGAGGAGCCGAGCCAGGAAGAUGCAGGUGAUGUGCCUGCUAUGGAAACUGCACAGGUUUCCUCUGACGACGAAAAUGAUGAUACUGAAGAAAUAGAAGAGGAGCAGGGUCAGGAAGACGAAGGUCGUGUGGAAACUGCUGUGCCGGUUUCUUCAGACGAGGCAAGUGGUGGUACCGAAGAAAUGGAAGAAGAGGACCAGCAAGCUGUUGUUUCUGAUGCGGAAACUGUUGCGCUUUCCUCCGACGAAGGAGCUGGUGAUGCUGCAGAGCUGGAAGCAACCAUGGAUGCUCAGAACGAGCUAGUUGAGGAGCAGGGCCAGGAAGACGAAGGUGAUGUCCUUGACAUGGAAACUGCUGUGCCUGCACUGGCAACCUCAGACGAGGGAAGUGACGAUGACGCUGAAGAAAUGGAAGCAGCCAUGGAUGCUCAGGCCGAUGAGCAAACGGAGCUAGUUCAGGAACAGGAUCAGGAAGAAGGAUUAGCAACGGAUGUACAUGCCAGUCCCGAGCUAGUCGAAGAAGAGGCAGCACCAGUGGCAGAAGAUUGCACGGUUGUUUCAUCAGUGGAUGAGCAGCAGAACGAUGUCCAGCAGUGUGAGCAGUCUCCAGUCGCCCUGAAUGUUGUUGAUCAGGAAGGCCAUUUCCCGGCUGAAACUGUCUCCAGCGAGGGGCCACUGGACGUGGAGAUUCAUCAUGCCGGUGAGGCCGCUGAGGAAGCCGAGGAUCAUCUGUCCACUGAAGAGACUGAAAUGGUGCCCAUGGAAGCGCCGGAAUCCGGUGAGGCCACUGAGGAAGAUGAGGAUAAUCAGUCCACUGAAGAGACUGAAAUGAUGAUGCCCGUGGAAGAGACCGCUGAGGAAGUUGAGGAGAUUCAGCUGUCCAGUGAAGAGACUGAAAUGGUGCCCGUUGAGGAAGCUGAGGAGGUUCAUCAUUCCAGUGAAGAGACAGAAAUGGUGCCCGUUGAAGAAGCUGAGAAGAUUCAUCAGUCCAGUGAAGAGACAGAAAUGGUGCCCGUCGCCGAGUCGGCGGCUCAGGCCACACCGGUGCCGCAGGAGGCUGAUGUGGAGGUUGGUUUCACCUGCCAUGCAGACACUGCCAUUGAGAAGGAGAGUGAAGUGCUUCAGAGUGCAGCCAAAGCCAAUGAGGAGAAGGAAGACCUGGUUGAAGAGGAGGAGAGUGAAGUGCUGUUUGGUGCUCUUUUCCAGAGCGCAGCCAAAACCAGUGAGAACAAGGAUGAGCUGGCUGUUGAAGAGUUGUUGCAGCAUGACAUGGAUGAGGCUGCUGCAGAGGAUGACAAUGAAGUUUCAGUCCUUGGUGCUCUGUUCCAGAGCGCAGCCAAAGCCAAUCAGGACAAGGGAGAUGUGGCUGUUGAAGAGGACAAUGAUGUGUCAAUCCUUGGUGCUCUGUUCCAGAGCGCAGCCAAAACAAAUGAGAACAAGGAACAACAACUGGUUGUUGAUGAGGUGCAGUAUAACAUGGAUGAGUGUGAGCUGGCUGUUGAAGAGUUGUUGCAGCAUGACAUGGAUGAGGCUGCUGCAGUGGAAGAGGAUGACAAUGAAGUUUCAGUCCUUGGUGCUCUGUUCCAGAGCGCAGCCAAAGCCAAUCAGAACAAGGGAGAUGUGGCUGUUGAAGAGGACAAUGAUGUGUCAAUCCUUGGUGCUCUGUUCCAGAGCGCAGCCAAAACAAAUGAGAACAAGGAACAACAACUGGUUGUUGAUGAGGUGCAGUAUAACAUGGAUGAGUGUGUUGCAGAGCAGGAGAAUGAGGAAGAUAUGGCUGUCUUUGGCACUCUGUUUCAGAGCGCGGCCAAGUCUAGUGAGAACAAGAAAGAUCUGGUUGUUGAGGAGAAUGAGGUGCCAUUCUUAGGUGCUCUGUUUCAGAGCGCAGCCAAGUGCCACGAGAACAAGGAAGACCUUCAUCUGGUUGCUGGUGAGGCGCAGCAUGACAUGGAUGAGGCUGUUGAAGAGGAGGACAAUGAAGUAGAAGCAACCUUUGGUGCUCUCCUUGAGAGCGCAGCCAAAGCCAAUGAGAAGGAAGGUAUGGAUGUUGAAGAGGAGGAGAAGGAUGAAGACCGAAUCACCUUGGCUGCUUGGCUGCUGCUCCACAGAGCAGCCAAGGCCCAUGAAAUCAAGGAAGAAGAUCUGAUUGUUGAUGACACAGAAGAGCCUGUUGAAGAGGAGCCAAAGAAGGAGAGUGUUGAGGCCACUGUGACAGAGGAGAGUGGCAUCACCAGUGAGCUGACAAAUGUGCCCGUCGAGGAGGACGACGGCGGCGUGGUGGCCGCCGACGACAUGCUACUCAGCCCAGCCACAAUGUUUGAGGGCGCUGUACAAGUGAUCACCGUCGAGAACCUGUCGCAAGCCACGGUAACUGACGAUGAGGGUGCAGUCAAGGGCGGCCUUGCAGAUGUGUCCGUUGAAGAGGAUAGAGUGGUGGCCCCCAUGGAGGAGAAAGUAGACGAGGUGCUCAUCGUCGACAACCUGUCGCAACCCACGGUGACUGAUGACGAAUGGGCAGCCAGGGAGUUUGCUUUCACCGGUGACCUCACACCGGUGGCUGACACCGCCAGAGACGAGUGCGCGAAGGAAGUGGUCACCGUCGACUACCUGUCGCAGGCCACAGUGACAGAUGACGAGUGGGCAGUCAAGGAGAGCGCUCUCGCCGGCGACCGCUCGCCGGUGUUCGACGCUGCCGGAGACUGCAGUGGUCACGUCAUUUCGCCGCUGUUCGCAGGCUUAUUUGAGGAUGCCACCAAGUUCCUGUCCAUGGACUCCACGGUGUCUGAAGCUGCUGCUGAGAAGAACGUUGCUGAACCUGUGGCAGUGGAAAAGGAGAAGGAGGGAGGCAACGAAUCUGAAGCACUGGGCAGCCUGAGCCUGAGGAAGCUUAGGGUCCAGCUCAAGGAGAAGGUGGCAGUGGCACAAGAGAAUGAAGUGCUCAAGGAGAAGGUGGCGGUGGCACAAGAGAAUGAAGUGAAGGAGGGUGAGAAAUCAUCUGUGCCACUGGAUAAGCUUAGCCUGCGGAGGCUUAAGCUGAAGCUCAGGGAGACACUGAUUGCUCACAAGAACAGAGAAGCAAACAGGGUGCCCCUUGGAAGGUUGGACCAGACGCUGAAUUCAGCUCACAAGAACAGAGAGCCGACUAGGGUGCCCCUGGGCAGGCUGGACGAGAACUCGGCGUCUAAGUUGCAGAAGAGAGAGCCCAAUAACAGGGUGCCCCUCGGCAGGCUGGACGACAACUCGGCGUCAAAAAUGCAGAACAGAGAGCCGAGUUCGGCGUCGAAAAUGCAGAACAGGGAGCCGUAUUCGGCGUCGAAAAUGCAGAAGAGGGAGCCGAAUUCAGCGUCGAAAAUGCUGAACAGAGAACCAAUCAGGAUGCGCCUUGGAAGGCUGGACGAGAACGCGUGUUGAUUCGACACCGGAUUAUCUACCUUGGAUGCUCUGCUAGUUAACCGGGAGAAACAGCUAGCUCACUGAACUCCAAAGACUCACAAGGUUGUGAAACCAUGGUUUCUCCAACCACUUAUCUAACUUGUCUGUGUGCGUCGAAAAUUCGACUGUAUUUUUUAGUCGACUCUCGGCGUAGUCAGCUCCCUAGACUUUGGCUGUUAUUUAUUUAUGAGUGGUUUGUUGAUGUUCUGAACUUUGAAUGUACCAAUCAGUGAUGAUAUAUAAUAUGUGAUUUGCCUGUUC